UUUAUUUUUUAGUGUCAUCCGCCUUUUACCAAUUAUCAAAAUAGAUUACGGCAACAUUUUCUUCGUUAUUUGUAAUGUCGUCUUACUUUUUUAUAUGUUAUUCAUAUGCUGUUUUAUACGCAGUGAAAAAGCUAUGAUUUACUUUACAGGAGGUGUGGCAAUAAUGUCAAUAAUUGAGAAAAGCUUUCUUUCCUGGUUAAAUGUUGACGAAAUGUUUAAAAUAUGCAAGUGGUUGUAAUUAGUUCAAGUGUUUUAUUGUCUCUAUGCGCAGUGAAACAUUAAGUAUUAACGUGUUGACAUAGUCAAGUUAGAUGGAAUGUUUUUUUUGUAGGCGGGACUUUCACCACAUUCACAGGAAACCGGAACAAAUAAAAAAAAAACACUUCCCCGCGCUUAUUUCAGGUUCCAAACUAAAAGACGAAGCCAUUCAUUAAUUUGUCUGAAUUUUUCAUUGAUUUAGUCAAUGAUUUAUUGGUUGUGUUCAAGCUAGAAGAAGAUCAGGUGACUCAGCAGGAUGUUGAAUGAGAAGAAAGCGAGUGCUCCCACUGACCGUGGUAACAUCGUGGCCACCAUCAUCUUCAUGCUGGGCCUGGGAACGUUGCUGCCCUGGAACUUCUUCAUCACAGCCUCCCAGUAUUUCAACAAGAAGCUGAGCACACCCUUUAACUCGUCUAACUCGUCGUCGGGGGCAACCAACAAAGACUACAACUAUGACAGCUGGAUGGCGCUUCUUUCCCAGCUGCCUUUGCUGCUCUUCACGCUCCUCAACUCCUUCCUGUAUCAGCGGGUGAGUGAGCAUCUCCGUGUGGCCUUCAGCCUGGUGGCCAUCUUCCUGCUCUUCUGCCUCACCGCUGCUCUAGUCCAGGUGGGCUUGCAGCCGUACACCUUCUUCUCCAUCACCAUGGCGACCAUCUGGUUCAUCAACAUGUUCGGCGCGGUCCUGCAGGGAAGUCUCUUCGGCAUGGUUGGUCUGCUUCCUCCUCGUUACAGCACUCUCUUCAUGAGCGGUCAAGGUCUGGCUGGGAUUUUUGCCGCCAUUGCCAUGCUGUGUUCCAUCUUAGGCAACACUGACAUCAACGCUGCAGCAUUAGGAUACUUCAUCACGCCGUGUGUGGCCACGCUGGGAACGCUGCUCUGCUACCUGCUGCUGCCUCACCUGGAGUUUGCUCGCUUUUACCUGAGCGGACGUGUAGGUGAUGAAGAGGAAAAGAUGAAGGAGCUCCUCAGCAGCGCAGACAGGAAGGCCAAGAAGAAAGAAGAGGUGGAUGUCAACAGGAAGUUGAUGAGCGAGCCAGAGGAGCGCUCUUCAGUCUAUGCGGUCUUCAGGAAGAUCUGGUCCAUGGCUGUGUGUGUGACGUGCGUCUUUGCUGUCACUCUGUCUGUGUUUCCUGUCAUCACGGUGCAAGUAGAGAGCGUCAACAAGAGUAGCGCCACCUGGGACAAAGUCUUCACGUGUGUUUGCUGCUUCAUCGUUUUCAACGCCAUGGACUUGGCGGGCCGCAGUGCCCCCUCCCUGGCCCAGUGGCCAUCAAAAGACAGUUGGCUGUUUCCCGCCGCCGUUGCAUCCCGCCUGGUCUUUGUCCCUCUGCUGAUGACGUGCAACAUUCCCAAUUCCAAGCUGAGCAUCUUGUUUCAUCAUGACGCUGCCUUCGCCACCAUCAUGGCGCUCUUCGCCUUCUCCAACGGCUACCUGGCCAGCCUCUGCAUGGCCUACGCCCCCCAGCUGGUUCGCCAUAAAGACUGCGAGACGGCGGGCUCCCUGAUGACCUUCUUCCUGGUUCUGGGCUUGGCGCUGGGAGCAUCCAUGUCCUUCCUGUUGGAAAUGCUGGUGUAGCCCUGAAGCGGUGUUGUUUAUCAGACUCUUUUACAACACACAACACCUAAUGAUUCUUCUACUGCACUCUUAGUGGUGGUUAGUACGAAAACUGGAGCAGGAUUGGCCCCAUCUCAUAAUGACAUUCUGAACAUGAACGAUAACAUAUCAUAUCAAGCAGGGCAUUGAAGAGAAUAUUAGCAUUGUGGCAAUCUUUUAUAUGGGUCUUGUCUCACACUGGAUAUUCUUUCAUUUUCUACCGCUUUUCCUCACGAGGGUCGUGGGGGUGCUGGAGCCUAUGCCAGCUGUCUCCGGGAGCACACUGGAUAUAUAUAUAUAUAUAUGUAUAUAUGUAUAUAUAUAUGUAUAUAUAUGUGUAUAUAUAUGUAUAUAUAUAUGUAUAUGUGUUUUUAAAAAAAUAUAUUUAAAAUUAUAUUUAAUUAUAUAUAAAUUAAAAAUAUAUUAAUUCAUUCAUUUUCUACCUUUUUUACUCACGAGGGUCGUGGGGGUGCUGGAGCCUAUCCCAGCUGUCUCCGGGCGCAC